AUGAGAGAAAGAUUGACAGUAUUUUUCAAUUCUCCAGAGGAAAUCAAUUCUCUCUUGAAAUUGGAUGUUAACUCAACUAUUUCUGUUUCAAAAUCUGAGUCCCCAUUAAUCUUGCAAAAGAGAUUUAUUUUUGAUGACAUCCAGUUACCAGAUGCUCCAUUCCGCCUGAUUUAUAAUCAAGGUAAUCUCUUACAGAAUUCUCCCAUCUUACCAACCUAUCCAUAUGGCUGUUCAGUAUUCACUUCGAGCAAUUCCACUGAUGACUCCAAACUUGUUAAGGUUCCGGAUUUAUAUUCAUCAUUUCAUAGUAUGGAUCAAUCAUGUAUUAACAGAAUUCCAUCUUUGGAUGGAUUUGAAUUCAAUACCAAGAGCAUAUACGAUAUCACAUAUGCCAAUGAAGCAUUGACAAUCAUUGAGUAUUCAUUAAUUAAUGAUUUAGACUACACACCCGAGGUUCAUUUAGAGAAAGCUGAAAUUGGCCUAUUUUAUACUGACGAUACAGAAAAUUCUUUGAUCAAUAAUUUAAGUGGCCUCCGUUGUGUUUUUGAUACAGAAACUUCAAGUUUCAAAAGAUGUCAAAAGACUAUGUUGUCAUAUAAUUCAAAUCAAUAUAUUGACUCUAACCAUCAAGUUUCCAUUGAGUUAGAAAACCCUGUAGGGCUACAUCCAAAACUGUUAUUCAAUACUUCGAACAUUACUUUACUAGAUAAUGAUAAUUGUAAUUUAUACACAUACAUCCAAUUGAAUAAUACCUUGUUUUGUGACCCGUUCCAAAGUAUUUCUGAAAUGAAAUUAUUUGGCCAGUAUGAUUUGGAAUUACCCUCAUACUCGACUGAAAUUCAAAACGGUCCAUGGGGUAGUGAACUACUUCUCCAACUAAACUCGGCCCUAGAUAUAAAUGAGCUUGUUUUACAUUCAAGAUAUGGGUUACCUGAUUCGUCCUACAAACAAAUAGUUAGCCCAUUAGUAUUUCAAGCCUGUUCUACCAAAGAAGACCAAUUAUCCUUUGAAAAUCCAUUUUAUGAAAAUGGCUAUUCUUAUCAAAAAUGGUUUAACAAUGACUCUAUUUUUAUUCAUUACAAUAGCAUUGGUGAAGCGUUGGAAUUUGAAAUUCCAACUGCAAAUUCCAGAGAUUAUAAUAGUGUCACUAUUAUAACCGCAUCAUGCCUAAUUCUUUCACUAUUCUAUCUAUUACGUAAAUUAUUUAUGUAA